AUGUUAAGCAGGACAAACAUUCAGGAAGCAAACAAGCACCUGCAUGCUAUGCAUCAACGUAUAGCAUCACUGGAAAAUACCAUACAACACCAGAACCAAACACUUAUUGACAGGGACUUGAUGUACCAGCAACAGUUUCAGCAACUGAAAGCUGUAAAAGAGGAAGAAAUUAAAGCACUCCAGAGCAGAAUAUAUGAAGGAGAACAUGAUUCUAAGGAAAAGGACAAACUGUUGGCAGUCCAGAAACAACUAGCAGAAGAGAAAGAUUUCAGAAUUAAAGAUCUGGAAGAAAAAGUUGAUAAACUAAAACAGAUUUUGCAGUUUUUACCAAAUCUUAAGUCUAUGGUUAGUGUGCUUGAUUCAGUCAGUCAUUCAGAGUUUCUUACGAAUGGAGAUUUGGAAAAUAUCCAUGGAAAUCUAAGGACAAACCAUGUUUUGUCUCAUACACCAAAAGCUUCAUCAUUGGCUAAACAUUAUGUAACUAACCCAAGGUCUAGAAACUUUUCAAUAUCAGAAGAUAGUGAUGAUGAUCAUUCACCAAUUACUGAUGGAAGACAAGAGACUGGUUUAAACGCUGAUCCAAAGGACCUCGACCAACUCCCCAUCAUGGAAUCUCAGGAUACACAACAGGGAAAAGAAUAUUACUUGUAG